ACAAAAUAUUUGUUACAGUAACAGCUUCAUGCUAAUGUCUAGAAAAGAAUUCUCAUGACUAGAAAGUAUUACUUUUGUACCGGAAUUUGUAUACAUCAUCUAUCUUAAGUUUCGAAUUAAUUCCUGACAUUUUAGCUGAUAAUAAAAGUUCGUUAGACUCCCAAGUGCAAAUCCGAUAGUCAACAUUUCUCGAGGCAUGUGGAUAUACGGUGAAAUAUUUAUAAACAAUUUUUGUCAGUGUUCCACCGAACAACAGCCACAUGAAUCGAUAUAUCCAUCUUGUAUAUAUACAUUUUUACAUUGACACACGGGUGAGAUUCCCGUGCGUUACGUAUCUAAAUAAAUAACCAGAGACGGAAUAUUCCCUAAGUGUCAGACGGAUUACACGCGAACGAUAUUUUUCCGAAAUAAUGUCGCACAACAUAUCGCAAACGACUCGAUCGCCACUUCCAAAUUAUAACUAUUUUUUCCAUCCAAACCUCUGUCACGUCUGCAAGGGCAAUACCAAUAUGAAGGAAUGCCCGAAAUUAGAGGAGUGUCCUACGUGCCGCACGAUCGCAUACUGCAGCGAGGAACACAGACUGCUGCAUCUGCCGCAACAUAAGGAAAUUUGCGAUGCUAUAAUUGAAGUAAAUAAACAAAGGAACAUGCACAAUUAUUGUGGUAAGACGCUAGAGGAAUGGACUAAUUUUAAGAAGGAGAACAUGCAAGCUGUCGAGCAACAGCUACAUCGGGAGUUGGAGUUGUACGAGCAACAAAUGUUACUGUUUCCAAAAUCGUGUUUUAUUUGUCACAGACAGGACAAUCUGAAAUCCUUUUGCUUGUACUGCGUCUCCAUCGAUUUAUGCUGUGAACAUAAUUUGCUGUUUCGUGAGCAUAGCUGCAAAAAUAUGCAACAUUGCUUAUCUUUGGAUUACAUGCAAGCUUUAAAAGAUAGAGACGAAAUGCUUUUGAAAAAUGAUGUAUAUAUAAAUAUGAAAGAGGUGAAUGACAUGCCAUCAUUUAUGGAACAGUACUUACAACGUAAAAUAACUUUAGAUUCUUGGGAUAAUAUUCAUUUUGAAUGUACUGAAUACUUCUCAAGACCGUUAACGUUGAUUUAUGGGCUGCGGGAAGCUAAUUUAUUACAUUUUCAAUCAUUAAAAACAUUCGUUAUUCAUAUUAUAUCUGGAAGUUUCGAGGAUAUAAAUAGUUUGUAUGCAUGGGAAUUGCUUUUGCACCAAUGUGAUGAAAAUGCAAAAGUGCUUAUUAUAAUGAUAGGGCCAAAUUUGCAAGAAAAAUGUCGUAACAUUGAGUUGUGUAAGACUUGCAUAGCUCGUAACAAAAAAAUUCAAUUUGAAUAUCAUCGCACGUUAUAUCACAAUUAUGUGGUUAGUAGGUUCUAUAUGCAACCACAUGUGAUUAUAGGAUUCAACGCAAGAUUCAUGAAUGAUAUAGAGAUAGCGGCGAAUAUAAUAAGGGCAGUGCGACGUCAAUAUUGCCUCUUCCUGUUAACAACUAAAUUCGAAAGUAAAGUACAACAGAACAUAAUGAAGAUACGGGAAAUAGUGUAUAGUUCUAUGUUAACACCUGUCAUUAGUGGACUAAAUAGAUUCAGAUCUUGGAGACCGUAUAGAGAUUAUGAGAAUGACGGUCUGUUUUAUUCUAAUAAUUAUUUAAUUAUAUAUACGAACCUAGUAAGUAUAAGAACACCAAUCCUCGGACUUUAACUAUUAUGUAAAACAAAUUUAUAUUGGAAACGCAUUAAUCUAUAUAGUUAUAUUACUGUCGUCUAAAAGUUUUCUAUUUCGAAUCUAAUAUUUUCUUAUAAGACGAUAUUUCGAAUUUAAUAUUUUCACAGCGUGAAGAAAUGUUUGGUGGGUUGUAUCUGUAUAAAUCUGAUACUGGAAAACAACAAACCGAGAAGGACAUGAAAGUGUCCAUUUCUUCAGUAUUAUUUUUUCACUUCCUGAAAGCCGAAUAAGGUAAAAUUAUAAAAAUUGAAAAUAUUUC